AUGGCGCCCCACCGGUACAACCCGAGCCCUGCAGCCGCCGUACAGAGCGAGACCGCCGCUGCAGCCGCAGCACCGGGUCUCUACUACGGAGAACCACACAAGUUUGAUCCGUCCUUCCGAGGUCCAGUCUGCAGAAGAAGCUGCACUGAUGUCUUAUGUUGUUUGAUCUUCAUCAUUGUCAUCCUCUCGUAUGUGGCCCUGGGGAUAGUGGCCUGGUUACAUGGAGACCCCAGGAAGGUUCUCCAUCCCACAGACAGCUACGGACAGUUCUGUGGUCAGAAGGGGACGUCCAACGCGAAGAAACCCAUCCUGUUCUAUUUCAACAUCUUAAAAUGUGCCAACCCGGCGAUUCUCAUCAACCUACAGUGUCCCACCACUCAGAUGUGUGUGUCACGGUGCCCGGACAGGUUUGCCACCUACACUGAGAUGCAGCUGCAACACAAACUCAGCAACAGUUACUGGGAGUAUUAUAAACAGUUCUGUAAGCCUGGAUUUAAUGACCCUGACAAGCCAGUGUCUCAGGUUCUCCGAGACGAGGACUGUCCCUCCAUGAUCAUACCCAGCCGACCAUUUCUCCAGAGGUGUCUACCAGACUUCAUCACUCUGAAUGGGACUGUGACUGUGGCGAACAGGACCAGGUUUAAAGAUGCUCUGGAGAUGCCGCGCAGCGUUACUGAACUCCAGCAUGCUGCCAAGGGUAUAACGGGACUAGUGGACACUAAGGAGCUGGGUGUGAAGAUAAUGGAAGAUUAUGCCAAGUCAUGGUCAUGGAUACUCAUAGGUCUGCUGAUAGCCCUGGCUGUGAGUCUGGUCUUCAUCCUGCUGCUGAGGUUCACAGCUGGGUUACUGUUGUGGACGACCAUCAUCACUGUCAUACUGCUGCUGGCAUACGGUAUGUGGUACUGCUCCAUGGAGUGGUCCCAGCUCAGACACAGACCAGGCUCUGAUGUUGCCAUUGUAGAAGUCGGUUUGCAGACUGACCUGCAGGUCUACCUACAGCUCAGACAGACAUGGAUCAUAUUAUUGGUGUCCAUGGGAGCGAUAGAAGCCUUCAUCUUGGUGAUGUUGCUUUUCUUAAGGAGAAGAGUCCAAGUGGCCAUCGCCCUGCUCAGAGAGGCCAGCAAAGCCAUCAGUCACAUCAUGUCCACGCUGUUCUUUCCAGUCGUCACCUUCCUCUUGUUGACUGUCUGCAUCUCCUACUGGGCGGUCACAGCUGUGUACCUCGCAUCUUCAGGUGAAGCCAUCUACAAAGUCAUGUCCCCUAAUGUGAGCUGCCCCUACGCCAACAGCACCUGCAACCCUGAGACCUUCAACAGAACCAACAUCUCCAGGUCAGCGUUGUGUCUGGGGUCUCAGUGUUUGUUUGGCUUCUAUGGUGGGGAGACGCCCUACCACCGCUACCUCUUCCUGUUGCAGCUCUCCAACCUACUGGUCUUCCUUUGGUUGGUCAACUUCAGCUUGGCCCUGGAGCAGUGCACCCUGGCUGGGACGUUUGCUAGCUACUACUGGGCCAAGAGGAAGCCUCAGGAUAUCCCGCCAUGUCCUCUUUUCUCAUCCUUCAGCAGGACCAUCAGGUAUCACACAGGGUCUUUGGCCUUUGGAGCUCUAAUUCUUUCAGUCGUCCAACUUCUGCGGAUCAUACUGGAGUACCUGGAGCAGAAACUAAGAGGUGUUGACAACAGUGUGUCCAGGUUCAUACUGUGCUGUCUGAAAUGCUGUUUCUGGUGUUUGGAGAAGUUCUUACGCUACAUGAACCAUAACGCCUACAUCAUGGUGGCGAUCUAUGGUAAGAACUUCUGCACCUCAGCCAGAGAAGCCUUCUGCCUGCUGAUGAGAAACGUAGUCAGGGUUGCAGUUCUGGACAGAGUGACAGACUUUCUGUUAUUUCUGGGCAAAGUGCUGAUAGCAGGAGGAGUUGGCGUGUUUGCGUUCUUCUUCUUCACUAAGAAGAUCCCUGUCAUCCAGGAGGAAGUGCCUAAUCUCAACUACUACUGGGUCCCCAUGCUGACUGUGGUGAUAGGUGCCUACCUGAUCGCACAUGGUUUCUUCAGCGUCUAUGCCAUGUGUGUUGACACGCUCUUCCUCUGUUUCUGUGAUGACUUGGAGAGGAAUGAUGGUAGUUCAGAAAAACCUUUCCUCAUGUCUCCAGAGCUGCACAGAAUUCUGGGAAAAUCCAGUCAUUUGCAGUGAUAGCCUGGCCUCCUGUGCCCUCCACUCCAUCAGCAGCGAGUCUGCCCAGUCUUCUGGUCAUCAAUUUGGAGGGACACACAACCCUGAAUUGACAUCACCUGUCCAAAUCGAAGAGAUG